AGCAGAUCAGAUAGCACACAUACCUACCCCUCUCAGUCUCCUUGGAAGCUGCUGUCAGCUCCUCGUGACUUGGUCUGGACAAUGGCUUCUUCCGAGCUCUGGGCAGUCGACUAUGAGAUUUAUGGGGAAGUCCAAGGUGUCUUCUUUAGAAAGUACACAGAAGAGCAAGGGAGAAAACUAGGACUGGUUGGCUGGGUGAAGAAUACAGCCCAUGGGACUGUGACUGGACAGGUGCAGGGAACAAAGGAGAAAGUGGAAAUUAUGAAGAAUUGGUUACGUAGCGUCGGAAGCCCCAUGUCUCGCAUUGAUCAGGCCGUGUUCUCAAAUGAGAGGCAGAUCACUGCUCUGGAGUUCCAGUCCUUCACCACCAAGUAUUAAAGGCAGUUGGCUGGUCCAGAUGGGAUAUGGCUACGUCUAACUACCACGAGGGCUUUUCUACUCAAAAGGAAGUAUCGCCUUCCCUCUCAACAAGGAUGUGUUGUUACUGCUGCUACUGACAUUAGAGUGUGUUUUAGACCUGUGGCACUUCCAGGACUGCUGCUAGUGAACUGGAAAGCACUUGCUGCCCUUAAACAUCUGAUAAAACAACAUAUCUACUCUUCUUUUCCCCCUUUUCUUAUAACUUGUACUAAAGUAGUAAGGAAAAGAACUAGAGGUAGAAGGAAACGUGUUCUCUUAAAUCUUUUCUUUCCCAAUGUGUUCACGCGCAAACUGGGCAGUUGUCUUUUAAGCAAACAUAUAAAGAAAAGUUUCCUACUUGCUCCCUGGAAGCAUUCUGCUUCUUCUCCUUAACAGUAAUCCCCAAACCCAGCAAAGACUAUUGGCUCAUUAAAGAUGAUCU